AUGCCGGAGAGCGGGAGGAAGGUGCUGAAGGUGGGGCUGCUGGAGAAGCGCAGCGACGGGCUGCUGCAGCUGUGGAAGAAGAAGCGCUGCGUGCUGACGGAGGACGGCGUGCUGCUGCUGCCGCCGAAGCAGCUCGAGCAGCGGCCCGGCGCGGGGGACGCGGCCGGCCGGCCCAAGGAGCUGCACUUCUCCGGCAUGAAGACGCUGGACUGCGUGGAGCGGAAGGGCAAGUACGUGUACUUCACGGUGGUCAUGGCGGAGGGCCGGGAGAUCGACUUCAGGUGCCCGCAGGACGAGGGCUGGAACGCGGAGAUCACGCUGCAGAUGGUCCGCUACAAGAACCGCCAGGCGGUCCUGGCCGUCAAGUCCACCCGGCAGAAGCAGCAGCUGCUCGGCCACAAGGCGGCCCGCAGCGCGCCGCACGUCGCGUGACCCGCGGCGGGGACGACGGACGGCAUUUAGGGGAGGGGGUCCGGGGGGGUCCGGGGGUCCCCCGCGAAUCCCCUCGCACGGGACGGACCCGGGUUUCGUUGUAUUUGUUCCCCGGAUAAGAACGAGGACUCCGGGUCUCACGGACCCUCAGAGGACGUGAAGGGACCAAGUGGAUCCACUCUGGCGGAGCAGGGACGUGUGGACCUCUGGAGGCCUGCACGCACGCACGCACGCCUACCUACCUGCACACAUACACCUGCCUGCACACACACACACACACCUGCCUGCCCCCCCCCCCCCUGCAGCUCCUCCUCUGGGUGCACCUGCUGACUCGACUCUGUUGACGUCUCUGUUCUGAGAACUCGACUCUGAUGCCUGAAGAAGAAUCCUGACGUUGAAGCUCAUGGAGACGCGUCCACAGACGUGUGGAGCGGCGUGUUGACGGUCUGAACCUCCACUGGUUCAACGUGUCCUCCACAUGAACCACAGGACACACGUCUGGAGGUCAAAGCUCUUUUGUAUUUUUACAAGAAUUUGGGGAUUUUAGCUGUAGAGUUCACAUUUUAAUGUUUAUAAUUUAUGACAUGUGUUCUGUUGAGCGGGUUGUAGUGUAUUUAUACUUUAAUAUUAUUAUUUUUAGGUUAACAGAAAAAUCAUUUGAGAAGAACUUAAAAAAACAAAACGGUUAAAUUAAUCAAAUAGUACAAAAGUGAAAUGUUAAAACCCAUUUUAGAGACUUCCUGUUUUGGUGUCUAAAAAACAUGUUGGGGGGUCUAAAUCCUGUCCACUCGCAUGCUUAUUUAACUUCUGUAAUGAAUAAAUGUUUCCUCAGUUAAACGUGAGCCUCCGUAUGCUACGUACGGACGAGGGUCCCCCGCCCCCUCCAGGCGAAGUCUUCCUGGUGUCCAGCAGCUCUUCAACACAGAGGCAGAUGGACUGAAGCCUGAGAACUCUACUGGACUCUACUGUCUGCGGUUGUCUCUUAUUUAUUGGAUGUACAUAUGUUUUCUAUAAAGUGGUGUUGCUGAUG